CAUAACCAGGAAGUCAUGAGUUGUUUGGGCUGAAAGAGGAGUACGGGAUGCAAAAUUACUUGUUUUUGACGAUGUCCCUCUUUAAGAGAAGUUCAGAUUUGCUAUUGUUAUUGGUAAAUAUUUUAUCAGUUGUCUCUAGUGACGAAGCAAACGCUAGUGUUUCGACCUUAGCGGAAAAAUGGACACGAACUCCGUCUUUGAUACCUGCCACUGGUGCUGUGUUUAAACCUGCUGGGAGCUCCAUGUUCUCCGUAAAUUUGCUUUCUUCGUUCCCUGAAGACCUGGAGAUCAGUAAUUACUGUAGCGACCUGCUGCACAUAUUUGGAGAGCGGUACGUGGCUUAUGUGAACUGCCUGGUACCUGCUGCCCGACCUGUUAAAGUGUGUCAGAACUGCUACGCCAGCUAUGGCAGACUCAGCGACAUCUAUUUGAACAUCUCAUCAGACCAGAUGGGUGCGGGGAAUGAGAGCUGCAGGGACAGUCUUCUGCGCAGUGACCGCCUGAUGCUGGUGUAUGCUCUGUUCAACAAUCUGAAAGAUCUCUGGAUGAAAUCAAACUGUGAUAACUGUAUCAUUAAAGGAUAUGGGAGUCUGACCAAUGACACUCUGUACUUCAUGGACAUCCUCAACCACACUCUCUCCUGCUUUGAGAAAUAUUCACCGGGGAAUCACACAGAGCUCUGCAAAAGCUGUAAGACCACAUACAGUGAGCUGAAUGUUCUGUACAGCGGCAUGGAGAAGAAUCAGACUAUGUGUAUUGACAUAGAGGACGCGAUGAACGUGACCCGCAGACUGUGGAGCAAGAACUUCAAUUGUUCGUUCCCCCGCGAGGAGACGGUGCCUGUCAUCGCCGUGUCCAGCUUCAUGCUCUUUCUGCCCAUCAUCUUCUACUUGAGCAGCUUCCUUCACUCGGAACAAAAGAAACGCAAGCUCAUACACCCCAAACGGGCAAAGUCAUACACCAAUAUGAAUAUCCAGGACAAACAGAACUGAAGAGGAGACAGGAGACCGCCUUCCAGUUUAAAAGCUUCACCCUGGAGAAGAUUUGACUCAAUGCCACAAUGUGCCUGAGGUUUGACUGACUUCACUGAAUGUAGACGACUGAACAGCAGUGUUUCUGUUUGAUAUUUUCCAGAACUCUGUUUUACCGAUCAGUAUUCAGAGGAUUUCAAGGAUCUAGUUAAAUGAAACUGAAAGUAAAAUGCUCAUGGCAUUACAACCAUUGCUUUCAAAUCCUUCAAACCCUCUUAUUAAUAAUGCAAUAAAUUAUGCUGGAAAAGAUUUUUGGAGAUUUUUAGCACAAACUAACAGAAAAAUGCAGACAUUAGUGUGGUUGAAUCUUACUUUCAUUAUUUAUUAUCAGGCUUACUUUUGACGUUUCGAUCUCAAUAAAACGGGACCAGAAGUGUUUCUAACUUUCUUGAACUCCUUAUCAGAUGUUUGUUCACGUAGCUGCACAGAAUGCUCCCAAAUCCUCACGCAGACCCCUGCCUUUCCUGCCUUUCAGCUCGUUAAAAAUCUCCCUCCUGCAAUCGGAGACACACAACCGUCAAGAGAAAGAGUGAGUGGCUUGAAUACUGUGUGCUUGUGUGUGCGCUCUAUUUAUGGGUUGAGAAAUGGGUUUUUUCGAUCUCUAAUGUGCAAAUGUCCCAGAAAGAGGAAAAAAAAGGAAGCACUUGAUGUCCAUUAGUGGUGACAGGUAUCUGCUGUAAGA